AGAAGGACAAGCUUAUUGAAUUGCUUUUGGGAACUAAAGAUGAAGAAUUAACCCUUGUAUUUGUUGAGAAGCAACGUACGGCUGAUUUCAUCGCGGCCUUUUUAUCAGAGAAUAAUUUUCCUACUACUUCGAUACACGGCGCAAGGUCACAGAGCCAGCGAAAACAGGCCCUGUCUGAUUUCAAAUACGGUCGAAUGCCAACGUUAGUAGCAACCGCUGUGGCAGCAAGAGGUUUAGAUAUAAAAAAUGUUGCACACGUAGUGAAUUUCGAUAUGCCUUCUACACUUGAAGAAUACGUUCGCCGAAUUGGUCGAACAGGAAGGAUUGGUAACCGAGGAAAAGCUACUUCAUUUUAUGACCCUGAUACCGAUGGGCACUUGAUUGAGGGUCUCACUAGGAUCCUCCAAGAAAGUGACCAAGUGAUUCCAACAUUUUUUGAAGGUGCUAAUGAUUCGUCAUCAAGUUUCAAAAGUCAUGGUGGCGGCCGCGGGUCUCAGAAUUUCGGUGGACAAGAUGUUAGGCAAGGCGAAGUAAAUAAAAAUUAAUUUUUUUUUUGUGAGUUAAUGAAACAUGUUUAAUCAAACUGUAAACCAAAUUCUAAUUCUCAUUUUUCCUAAGAACAUCCUUUUAUUUGUAAUAUUUUCUAAUUGGGCACGCUUCAAGUUCGGAAGUGCCAAUAAAAUAUCUUUUGAUUUUCUUAAAGAAAAUAUUGUUAAUGUGCAAGUAUAAUAUAUGAUUUAUAAUAAAAAUGGUUGUUACAUUUGAA